AUGGCUGAAAUCCCACUAUUGCCGCAGCAGCAGCGGACCACAACGCGGUACAACCCCGCCGCUCCUCAGCACCGCCCCGUCGCCUUCCGCCCAAAACUGCGUUUCUCCUAUUUGCCCAAUCCAGAUAAUACUAUCUGUCCUUCUCCCCACACACCCAUGGAAGAGAAUAGCGAAGAAAAAGAAGAAAAAAAAGAAAAAGAAAAACAACAACAGUUGAUAUCAUCAUCUUCUUCUUCUUCUUCUCCCUCGCCUCUCUUCCCCCGCGCUCUUUAUUGGCUCAUGUACGCGGAGGAGCAGGAGCGGGCACUUCUGCACCGCAGUUACGCCGCCACCUCGCCGCUGCUGCAGUACGACUCCGACGCCCCACUCGCCGCCUUCACACAAAACGCCUUCAAAAGACGCGAGGCGCGACUCAACGGCCGUUUAAUUCACCGCCAACAACUCGAGGCGGACGAGGCGGUGGAACGAUGGCGAAAUGUGGAGGAGCCGUGGGAGCGGGGAUGCCACAAACUGCGACUUGUGCAGGAAAUGCUGGAGGGGAAAUUAUUAAUAUGGGAUGCCUUUCUGCGGCAGUUAAACAUCUGGCAGCAGUUGCUGCAACUCAUUACGGAAGAGAAACGGGCGCGGAUUUCUCUGCUUGCUUCUUUUAUUUCUUGUAAGUAUCCACUUCCAUGUAGGUGUCUCUUGUGGGAUAUGGAAGUACUGGAGGAGUCUGCUAUUCUACUUGAGCCGGCAGUCAAUUUACCCUGUUUAUUUGUUUCUAUUGUAAUAGGUGAGUAUGAGGUAUUACAUAAUGCUUUGCUUGCACAGAGAAAGAAGGAACUUGCCUUGAUGAAGGCACGGUUAAUAAAUUGUAUGAAGGCAUUUGAGGUAUUACGUAAUAUUGAAUUGCAUGAACAAGAAAGUUUUGAAACAUUAAUGGGAUAUCAUGCGUUUUGUAUGAAAAUUGCAAAACAGGAAGAAGAAAAGGAAAAAAAGGAACUUGCACUUCAGGAGAGUAAUAAUAGUAAUAAUGAUACUACUACUACUACUUCUACUACUACUACUAUUACUAUUACUAUUACUACACAAGAUCAAUUAGAGGUAAAGAAACCAAAAAAACCUUAUUUUCCCCCAAGGUAUAGUGGAACACGAUGGUCUCCUUAUAUGGACUUUUUUCAAUAUCUCCAUAUUGUUAAAACUUUAUCUUUAGAAGAAACUUUCCGUCGUGAAAUUGAAACAUUUGAAGGAGUUGAGGCAUGUUAUCUUAUGUAUGUAUAUCAAACAGAUUGUAGACUUGUUAUUACUACAGAAGAGGAAAAUGCACGGCGGACGUUGCUUAUGGAUAUGGAAGAUUGGGAAAGAGAUGCUCUAACGAUGGAAGAGAGUCGUUCCCUAGAGUGGGAAAUUCAACCCGAUAAUUUUUUACGUAUUGCGAAUAAUAUGAUGCGAAAGCUAAAAGAAUCUCGAGCACAAGAACUGGAAUUGUAUUGUAUAAACCUAUCCCUUCAAUUAUUAGUCGAAUAUGAACAUCAACGUCGGGGUGAAUUAAUCCUACUAGAAAAGAAAGUACACACAGAGAGACGACUCUUCUUUUGUCGUCUCUGUGAAAAUGAGGAGAAACGUCUAGUGGAUCGUUGGAUGCUUAAACAUGAGAUGUUAGUAUUAAUGCGGGAGGAAGAGCGGGUUCGUCUUUCUAUUGAACGAGAAGAGACAGAGUCUAUAGUAACGCCUGCCACUGUACAUAAAUGGAUGGUUGACUACACAGAUGAGUCACGAAGGAAAAUGCAAUUGAAAGAAAUCCAAUUUAAUUCCACAAAGUUGUUGGAAGAGUAUAAACAGGGUUGUAAAGAGAUGGAGUUCGAGUGGGCCCAAGAACGUUUAAUACUUUUCGAGAAGAAAUUGACUAUUCCUCUCUCAAAUGAUGAUGAUAAUAAAUCGACAGAAAAUGAGAUGGAUACAAGUAAAAGUAGCAAGAAUUCACUGGAUGAGUUGGAUAUUCGACGUACUAUGAUUUCUGAUUUGGCAGACUUUCUUGAUGAUCAUACACUUCUUACCAUAUUUACUUUAUCAUAA